CAACUGCGUAUCUAAAGCAUCGUUGAUAGUUUCUAGCUAUAUAAAUGCACAGAUAAAGUGUUUGAAAUGUCACAAGACAACAAGAAGCGAAACGCUUUCAAUGCACUGAUGGGAAAGCCGAAGAAAAAACAAGCCCUCGCCCACAGCGUCCCUGUAGAGUGGAAGGGGGUUGGUACGGGUAAAACAAAGGCAGGCACCACUAUUCCAAGUGUGUUGGUAGGUAACUUCGGAGGCCACAAUAGCGCGCAGAAGAUUGCUAGCUUCGAUCUUGACGGGACUUUGAUUGACGUUGAAAGCGGGAAACGCUUUGCGCAGGAUGAGCAUGACUGGAUGUUCAAGCACUUUGCCAAGUGUUCGGUGGGUGAUAAGUUCGCGGAGUGGCAUGCCAAGGGAUUCAAAAUAGUCAUCUUCACCAAUCAGGGGGGUGUGCGGGCAGGCAAGUUACCACUAGACACGCUCAAGCGCAAGCUGGCAAAGAUUAUAGACGGACUCGAAUGCGGGUUCCCUAUACAGGUAUUUGCCACCUUGGGAGAAGAUGAGUACAGAAAACCCCGCAUUGGCAUGUGGGAGUUGUUAAAUACUAAAGAUUAUAAUGACGGAGUGGAGAUAGAUACCGAACUUUCUUUCUAUGUCGGCGAUGCGGCCGGCCGAGAGAAGGGCUGGCAAAAGGGCGCCAAGAAGGAUCACGCGGAUACGGACCGCAAGUUUGCGCAGAAUAUCGGCAUUGAGUUCUACACACCAGAGGAGUUUUUCGACGAGCGUAAGGCGGUUCCUUUCAUCCUCAGCGGCCUGGCCCCACACGACUACUUCAAAGAUAGACCACAGCAGAUAGUUACGGGAGAUGAUAAGCUCACGAGUGACACACAAGAGAUGGUGCUGAAUGUGGGGUUUCCUGCGAGCGGGAAAACUACCUUCUACAACACACACAUGAAGCCUAUGGGCUACACCCACGUCAAUAUGGACACCAUCGGAACGGCGAAGAAGUGCCUUCAAGUGUGUCGAGAGAGCUUAGGCGCUGGCAAAAGUGUUGUUAUAGAUAACACAAACCCCACGAAAGCCACGCGGCAAGACUAUCUCGCGAUGGCCAAAGAAUUCGGAGUGCCGUGUAGGUGCUUCUUAUUCUCAGCCGAUAAGUCCCUCGCCAUUCAUUGCAACACGUUCCGUGCCGUGUAUAAGAAGACUGUGGAUAAGUUACCGAUGAUAGCCCUGCACACUUAUGCCAAGCGCCUCGAACCUCCAACCACUGAUGAGGGCUUUAGCAAGAUUGUAAAUAUUAAUUUCGUCCCUGACUUCAGCGAUGAGAAAGAAAGGACAGCCUUUUACUCGUAUUUGACUUGAAUAAAUUACAUUUGUAGUAGACUAUAAGUUAGAAAUGACGGGAAACUACCAUAUUUUACACUGUCAGUGUUGAAAAGGGUCAGUGUACUGCGCUUGGAUCUCUUUUUGGCUAUAGUAAAUUAGGUGAAUGACUGAACCAGGUUGAUUCAGUCAUACACCUAUUUUACUACAAACCCGGGAAGGCCGCGAGUUCGAAUCUUGUCUUGCGUGAAUGUUGUGGUGGGUGCCAAUCAAUUGGUACUAGACCAGCAACCAUUUUUCAGCGCGGAACGGUUAGGGAAAUCCGCCUUAGAAGUGGUACAAUUCGAUUCAUCUAGUUUACUACAAAACUGAAAAGUGCUAUUGGGUAUUUCCAUCUCAAUCCGCACGAUCCGCUCCUGGGUGUGCACUUUUCUGAUACUUCCGCGCUGAGAUAACCACUCCUGGGCGGGUCUCUAUGAACCUUCCGCGCUUGGCAAUAGUGCCGGCCUAGUACGGCGUGAUUGACUCUCAUCACAUAAUUUUCGAGACAAAAUUUGAACUCGCG